AUGAGUCAUCGUAGUUACUUGUUUGGUUAUUGUUGCGAUGUCAACCAACUUUCCGAAAAACAAUCUUCUCAUGAUCCAUCUUCUUCUAAUUUACCCCUUUUAAACAUUAGCUCUUCUUUGCACAUUCGACAUGAUAAUUGGUAUUCAAAUAAUGUACCACAACUUUACCGUACAGGAGUAAGAGAGGAAACAAUAUUGAAACAUAUGUCUUUCUUUCUCACCUCUUCAGUUAUCUUGUCCUACGACAAUUUUUACUUUGUUAUUUCACAACUGUUUGGGAAUUGGAAAUUAGAGUUUCAAGAUGUACGUGACUCUUUAGUAGGAAAUAUAAUGAGUCAGGUGCGUAAUAUUGUUGAGUCUAACAAGGGUUAUUGCGGAGUGUUGGAGUUAUCUGUGGAUGUAAAAUUGGUAUCUCGUGAUGUUAUUGAGGAAAGGAUUUUGUUUCCAGGAGAAGAUUUAUCAUCACAGUAUGGUAUGGUGCCAGCUAGUGAGUCAUCUAUGCAAUCGUUAUUAAAGAAGAUGGAGAUCGAUGCAAAAAAUACCAAAGGCGAUGAAUGUAUGGUGUGUCUAGAAGAGCUUGUGAGGAAACAAGCAGAUAAUGAGAUUCUUAGCAUGCCUUGUUCUCAUAUGUUUCAUGGAGAGUGUAUCACCAAGUGGUUAGAGACAAGCCAUUAUUGCCCUAUUUGUCGCUUUGAGAUGCCCGUGGAGGAAGACAAUUAA